AUGGCUAUGGACCCGUCCACUCCCGAGAACGAGGGCUCUCUCGACAGUAAUGCAGAAAUCUCACCUAUAAAGCGGAUUAGGGCGAUGAUGGACACGUGGAUUCGGGACCGUGACGUUGUGGAAGCUCAGCUCGAGGACACGAGUCUUACGGAUAGGAGUGUCGCGGCAGUCGUACGAAUUCUGAGCCAGUGCCCUUCAUUGGAGCUCCUGGAUGUGUCCUAUAACGACGUCUCACUCACUAGCUGUAGUGAGAUGUGCUUACUACUGUGUAGGAUGAAAGCACUGAAGACCGUCUCUAUGGUCGGCUGCAACUUCCCUUUGAGGUCGAUAGGGUACCUUAUGACCGCUAUUAUGGAGCGCGAGUCUCGAGGCCUGCCGGCCCUCGAGAGUGUAUCUCUCACGAGAACAAGUGGCAUCAUAUCCGCAGCAUUAGAUGCGAAAAAGCCGGGAAAACCGAACCCAUUGGUCCUCAAUCACCGCGAGCGAGUCCUACGAGAUACCGGCAUACAGCCAACGAUCGUUGCAGCGACUGUGAUGCAUCGGGCCAGUGUUGAGCUGUGGAGGUUUCUGGUGGAUACAGGCCACCCACAGGUGUUACGGUUGAUAGAAGGACGUGAAGGAAUGCGAUUGUAUCGACCGGAGAAUGAGGACCUGUGCCUCGCUGAUGCUCUCUCUGCGGAGGCCCAGCCUCAAUGGGAAAAACUCGAGGGGAAGACACUAGACCGAAUGACUAAGGCGUUGCAAAAGGUCGCUGAUUUGCUCAUCAAGGUCAUUUUCGGAAGUUUUGCCGCCCUCAGGAUCAUCGAUAACUCUACGGAUAACUCUUCGGAGGAUUUUGCCAAAGCGAUGGUUGAUGCAGUAGUUGAGGAGAGUUUGUUGAAACUUGAGGGAACGGAAAAAUCGACAGCGAAGAUCUCCCUGGGCCCAGUGCCGGCCACCGGUGCUGCUCUGAAGGCUCAGAAGGCGGCACUUGCAAAACGAGAAUUGUCGAAGUGCCAGACGUUUAAUAUUAAGCAGAUUAUCACGAGGAAUGGUACCGUCUUGAUGAACGUGUUGGAGCGUAUGUUGGAGACUACCAGCAUUAACGCUAGGGAUAUCGAGACCGGCUAUACCCUCCUCGAGUAUGCCUGUCGGACCCACAACAUGGGCUUGGCUAAGUUGUGCUAUAGGAGGGGCGCCCCUUUGGAGGGCAGAACGGAGAGUGGUGAUACUCCAAUCAAUAUAGCAACCAAACAGAGAGACUAUAUGAUGAUGGAAUUCCUGUAUACAUAUGGUGUUCGUAUUAAUUCUAAGGACGCACUGGGUAAGGCCGCCCUACAUGUAGCAGCAUCUAGUAACGACGUGGACGCUAUUUGCCGGCUUAUUGAGUGGGGAGCUGAUGUGAAUCUUCGGGAUAAUCGCCAACGGACCCCUCUCCAUUAUGCAGCAGCAGGUGGACAUAUCAAAGGGACCAUGCUGUUACUUGAGCUGGGGGCAGACCUCAACGCUGAGGACUACAAGGAGUAUACGGCAGUGGCCCACGCUGAGGCUAAUGAUCACUUCCUGCUAAUGGACAGACUGGCCUCUUUGGGUGGUCGGGGCCAUAGACUCCAUGAAAUCCGCGGACAAGUACCGGCGCCUCCAAAGAGGAAGUCUACGAGGGAGCAACUGAUGGAGAAUGAGGCCAUGGGAAUCGUCACGAAUCCAAAGCGGAAGAAUAGUAUCAUAUCGCCACUGUAUGACCCUGCGGUGAAGAAGGAGAUCAACAAGUAUGCAGCCUUACAGGCCAAGGACGACUUAGAGGCCAAACAGUUGGCUAAGCUCGCCGCUAAGAAAUUGGUGGGGACUUGGGGGCACUGA